ACUUCAUUCCGAUUUCGUUUAACAGAACUAAAGCUUCCUUGACCCAUUCAUCGCGAACGUCGUUAGCACGUAAUUGAUCAUUCAGCUAUAUUACAAACAAUUAACUUUUGAAAAACGACAUUGAAAGAGUUUGACCAAUGAGUUCGUUGUGGGACUUUGGCAAGAAGUCGAUUUUGCAGAACCUCAAGGUAAGACUGAAGGAAUUAAAAUUAAAACAUGUCGGAUGAGGAUGAGCCAGUAGUUGUGCCCACUGGCAAGACUGUGCAUUAUGGGAGUUUAGAGGUGGUAGAGCUUGCCAGGCAGGUAGGCGAAGUUCCAUCCAAAGAUGCAUUAGAGGCUGCUAAAGAGGCAGGGCACAUCAAUAUUUCAGAAGGAGGACAUUUUGACUUAGAAGCAGCAGAAGCAGAGAAUCAAGCAGAAGUGCUUGCAGAAUUUGAGAAGAGAAAGAGGGCACGCCAAAUACAUGUUUCCACAGAUGAUUCAGAAGUCAAAGCUACUCUUAGACAGUUAGGAGAACCAAUAUGUCUCUUUGGUGAGGGGCCUGCUGAGCGGAGAGAGAGAUUGCGACAGUUGCUUGCUGUACUGGGAGAGGAUGCCAUUAAGCAGAAAAAAACAGAGAAAGAAAUUGAAGUGACAAAAAAAGAGGAGCAAGAAAGUGAAAAUGUGACCUGGUAUCAUGAAGGACCAGAGUCUUUGAAGGAGGCAAGAUUCUGGAUUGCAGAGUUCUCUAUUCCACGGGCAAAAAAGAGAGUGCAGAAGCAAAAGAAUGAAAAACUUAUACCACAGGCCAUGAAAAACGCUCAGCAACAAGAACUGCAAAAACGAAUUCGUUCAAUCACAAAUGACUGCAGUCAAAUCGGAGACAAUCGUCCAUUAUCUUACUGCAGCUUCAGCCCAAACUCUCAGAUGCUAGCUACAGCGUCAUGGUCAGGUCUUUGCAAGCUGUGGUCCAUACCAGACUGUAAGUUCAUCCGUAAUCUAAGAGGGCACAACUGCAAUGUGGGUGGGAUAGUGUUUCAUCCACAAGCAACAGUGGGUCUCUCAGACACAUCAUGCUGCAUGGCUUCCUGUGGUCAGGAUGGUUCAGUCAAAUUGUGGAAUCUUGUGGAUGAGGAACCAGUAGCUGACAUAGAGGGCCAUGCUCCUUAUCGUGUCUCUCGUUUGAAGUAUCAUCCAUCAGGUCGUUUCUUGGGCACCUGUUGUUUUGAUCACUCCUGGCGCCUGUGGGAUCUGGAGGUGCAGGAGGAAGUCUUACAUCAAGAAGGUCACAGUAAACCUGUCUACGACAUCAGCUUCCAGAUAGAUGGUGCCCUGGCUGUCACUGGGGGUCUUGAUGCAUAUGGGCGGGUGUGGGACCUGCGAUCAGGCCGCUGCAUCAUGUUUCUUGAAGGACAUCUUCAGCCCAUUUUGUCAACGGACUUCAAUGAUGAUGGAUUUCAUGUAGCAACAGGCAGUGAGGACAAUACAGGCAAAAUCUGGGAUCUUCGACAGAGAAAAUGUGUCUACACUGUGCCAUCCCACACUAAUCUUGUCUCAGUAGUCAAAUUUCAGCCUCAUCAUGGUAAUUAUCUCAUUACUGCAUCCUAUGACAAUACAACCAAGAUCUGGGGUAACCCAAAUUGGGCACCUUUGAAAACUUUAGCAGGUCAUGAGAGCAAGGUCAUGGGCAUGGACAUUUCACCAGAUCUCAAGUACAUUGCCACAUGUUCCUACGACCGCACAUUUAAACUGUGGGUGUCUGAGUCUCAAGGAGGAAUUUGAUACAAGCAUCAUAUGCUCAUUAUCAUUUUGUCAGAUAUCAUGUCAGGACAAAAAAAAAUUAAAUCUAGUUCUGUCGCAAAGAUGAGAGAGAAUGAAAAAUGAGAGAAUGACUAGGCGUGGAAACUUUAAUUGCAUAUUUUUGUAAAGUGAAUAAAACUUUAAAAAAGCGA